UUUGAAAUUCAUUCAUAUAUGCACUUUCCUUGAACUUGCCUUUCAACCUUUUCACACGAAUUCAUGUAUGGAUGCCAAAAAUUAUUGACUUGAUUCUAAUCAAGAUUGAUAUAAAAGUACUCUUCCUUUAGGGCCGUUCUGAGAUGCAUCCAACUUCAAAACAUGGAGAAGCUACUUUGCUUCAGCUUCAGGGUUUUCACAUUUUCAUUCCAGUGCUUAAUGGCCUUAACAUUAGCCCUUAGUGGAACCAACUUCACCACAGAUAAGCUUGCACUUCUUGCUCUCAAAUCUUCAAUCACUAGAGACCCUCACAAUUUCCUCACUCAUAAUUGGUCUGCCACCACUUCUGUAUGCAAUUGGGUUGGUGUCACUUGUGAUGCUUACCAUGGAAGGGUAAGGACAUUGAAUCUUGGCGACAUGUCUCUUAGUGGCACCAUGCCCUCUCACUUGGGAAACCUUACCUUCCUUAAUAAACUUGACCUUGGCGGAAACAAAUUCCAUGGUCAGUUGCCAGAGGAAUUAGUCCAAUUGCAUAGGUUGAAGUUUCUCAACUUGAGCUACAAUGAAUUUAGUGGAAAUGUUUCAGAAUGGAUUGGAGGAUUAUCUACACUCAGAUAUUUAAACCUUGGAAAUAAUGACUUUGGUGGUUUUAUUCCAAAAUCUAUUUCCAAUCUUACAAUGCUAGAGAUCAUGGAUUGGGGCCACAAUUUCAUUCAAGGAACCAUUCCACCUGAAGUAGGCAAAAUGACCCAAUUGAGGGUUUUAUCAAUGUAUUCAAACCGUCUUUCAGGGACCAUUCCUAGAACUGUUUCUAACCUCUCUUCCCUCGAAGGAAUAAGUUUAUCCCAUAACUCUCUUUCAGGAGGCAUUCCAAGUGAGAUUGGUGAACUUCCACAAUUAGAAAUAAUGUAUCUUGGAGAUAAUCCACUUGGUGGCUCCAUACCAUCAACAAUCUUCAAUAACUCAAUGCUGCAAGAUAUUGAACUUGGCUCCAGCAAUUUAUCUGGAAGUCUUCCAUCAAAUUUGUGCCAAGGACUUCCAAAUAUCCAAAUACUUUACUUAGGUUUCAACCAGUUAUCGGGUAAAUUGCCAUAUAUGUGGAAUGAGUGCAAAGUGUUGACAGAUGUGGAAUUAUCACAGAACAGGUUCGGCAGAGGAAGCAUACCUGCUGACAUUGGAAACUUACCUGUGCUAAACUCCAUUUAUCUUGAUGAGAACAACUUGGAAGGAGAAAUCCCAUUAUCUCUUUUUAACAUAUCUUCCAUGAGAGUACUCAGCCUGCAAAAAAACAAGUUAAACGGUAGCCUAACAGAAGAGAUGUUUAAUCAGCUUCCAUUCCUACAAAUAUUGUCUUUGGAUAAUAAUCAAUUUAAGGGAAGCAUUCCAAGAUCUAUUGGCAAUUGUACAUUGCUUGAAGAAUUAUACUUGGGUGAUAACUGCUUCACAGGCUCUAUACCCAAGGAGAUUGGUGAUCUUCCUAUGCUUGCGAAUUUAACUUUGGGAAGUAACCAUUUAAAUGGAUCUAUUCCCUCAAAUAUCUUUAACAUGUCAUCAUUAACUUACUUGUCUUUGGAACAUAAUUCUCUCUCAGGAUUUCUUCCAUUACACAUUGGCCUAGAAAACUUACAAGAACUAUACUUGCUUGAAAACAAACUUUGUGGAAAUAUUCCAAGUAGCUUAUCCAAUGCUUCUAAGCUUAACUAUGUGGAUUUGAAGUUUAAUAAGUUCGAUGGAGUCAUACCUUGUUCACUUGGGAAUUUGAGAUACCUUCAGUGGUUGGAUGUGGCAUUCAAUAAUUUAACUACUGAUGCUUCCACUAUUGAAUUAAGCUUCCUUAGUUCUUUGAAUUAUCUUCAAAUAUCAGGGAAUCCAAUGCAUGGAAGCCUUCCCAUAUCAAUUGGAAACAUGUCGAAUUUGGAACAGUUCAUGGCAGAUGAGUGCAAAAUUGAUGGCAAAAUUCCAUCGGAAAUUGGAAAUUUAAGCAACUUGUUCGCACUAAGUUUGUACCACAAUGAUUUGAGCGGAACAAUUCCAACUACAAUAAGUAAUUUGCAGUCUCUUCAAUAUCUGAGACUUGGAAACAACCAACUACAAGGAACCAUCAUUGAUGAGCUUUGUGCAAUCAACCGGCUGAGUGAGUUGGUCAUAACUGAAAAUAAGCAAAUUUCAGGAAUGAUCCCAACAUGCUUUGGUAAUCUUACUUCUCUAAGAAAGCUCUACUUGAACUCAAAUAGACUGAAUAAAGUUUCCUCUUCUCUUUGGAGUCUCAGAGACAUUUUGGAACUAAACUUAUCUGACAAUGCUUUAACUGGAUUUCUUCCUCUUGAUGUUGGGAAUUUAAAGGCUGUUAUAUUUUUGGAUCUAUCAAAGAAUCAGAUUUCAGGAAGCAUUCCACGGGCCAUGACAGGAUUGCAAAAUUUGCAAAUUCUCAACUUAGCACAUAAUAAAUUGGAGGGGAGCAUUCCUGAUUCAUUUGGUAGUUUGAUAAGUUUGACAUACUUGGACUUAUCCCAAAACUAUUUGGUUGACAUGAUUCCAAAAUCCUUGGAGUCAAUUCGUGAUCUCAAAUUUAUCAAUCUUUCUUAUAACAUGUUAGAAGGUGAGAUUCCCAACGGUGGAGCUUUCAAAAAUUUCACAGCUCAAUCUUUCAUAUUCAAUAAAGCACUUUGUGGAAAUGCACGGUUACAAGUCCCCCCAUGCAGUGAAUUAAUGAAGAGAAAAAGGUCAAAUGCACAUAUGUUUUUCAUCAAAUGCAUAUUGCCUGUAAUGUUGUCAACCAUUUUGGUUGUUUUAUGUGUGUUCCUUCUGAAAAAGAGUCGAAGAAAAAAGCAUGGUGGUGGUGAUCCUGCUGAAGUCAGUUCAUCAACUGUACUAGCAACAAGAACAAUUUCCUACAAUGAACUUUCACGGGCAACCAAUGGAUUUGAUGAGAGUAAUUUGCUUGGUAAGGGUAGUUUUGGCUCUGUGUUCAAAGGUAUACUUCCAAAUAGGAUGGUUGUUGCAGUCAAAUUAUUUAAUUUGGACCUUGAAUUGGGAUCAAGGAGCUUUAGUGUAGAAUGUGAAGUAAUGCGGAAUCUGCGACACCGAAAUCUCAUCAAGAUCAUUUGUAGUUGCUCAAAUUCUGAUUACAAGCUUUUAGUAAUGGAAUUCAUGUCCAAUGGCAACCUUGAAAGAUGGUUGUAUUCUCAUAACUAUUGUUUAGACUUCUUGCAAAGGCUAAAUAUAAUGAUAGAUGUGGCUUCUGCAUUGGAAUAUAUGCAUCAUGGUGCUUCGCCAACUGUGGUUCAUUGUGAUGUAAAGCCUAGUAAUGUCUUAUUGGAUGAAGACAUGGUUGCACAUGUUAGUGACUUAGGCAUUGCCAAACUUCUUGAUGAAGGACAAUCCCAAGAGUAUACCAAGACCAUGGCUACAUUUGGCUACAUUGCACCAGAGUUUGGAUCCAAGGGGACUAUUUCUACAAAAGGAGAUGUGUACAGUUUUGGGAUUUUGUUGAUGGAAACAUUCUCAAGAAAGAAGCCAACAGAUGAAAUGUUUGUUGAAGGAUUGAGCAUAAAAGGUUGGAUUAGUGAAUCAUUACCCCAUGCCAAUACUCAAGUUGUGGAUUCCAAUUUGUUAGAGGAUGAAGAACACAGUGCUGAUGACAUAAUAUCAUCUAUAUCAUCUAUUUAUAGAAUAGCCCUGAAUUGUUGUGCAGAUUUGCCUGAAGAAAGAAUGAAUAUGACGGAUGUUGCUGCAUCACUAAACAAAAUCAAGGUCAUGUUUCAGAAAAAUAACAAGUACAUGCGAGCACAAGUCCAUGCAACCUAAGUUUAUAUAGACAUCAAAUCAAUUUAUAAUUUGGCAUUAAAAUAAUGUACUUUUUGAAUUGCUAAGAAAAUCCUACUUGACAUUAUGAAUGCACUAUAACGAUGCUUUGUGAAGACCUGGUUAAUACAUCCUGUUGGAUUGUUUGCAGGGAUCCUUCUUAUGUUGAGCCUUGUAUAGGAGUAUGUGUUUUGGGUUUGUUUUUAUAGAUUACAAAGCAUAUAUGUUGGGUCCUCUACAACAUCUUUUUUAUGACAAAAACUAGCCUGGAUUACAAACCUUGCCGUAUUUAGAGAAAAAUAAAUUACAGGUUCAGAUUUAUUAAAACAAAAUCAAUGAGAACUCACUCAACUGUAAGAUCUUCUCAUAAAAAGUUCAAAUUCAUGCU